CAGGUCGUUUCGCACUGAAAGUCGGUUUAGUCAGACGCGCAGACCUUCGAGCUCAUGGGGGGAGAGGUGGAUGCGACGAUCGAGAGCCCUGAAGCACCCAAGCCGGAGGCUGCACCAGAGGAUCAGGCAGAGAAAGUCCCACUGAGCGAGGAGGAGGAGAAAGAGCGCAAGCGUGCCGAGAUCGCUCAACGUGUUGCCGCUGCCAAGGCUUUGCGAGAGAAGGAUGAAGCAUUGAAAGCUUUCCAGGAAGCCAAGAGAAAAGAGAUCGAAGAAAAAGGAGCCACAUCGUAUUAUGGGGAGCACCAGGGAAUCACAUGUGAUGCCUGUGCUGUCAUCCCCAUCUUUGGGUACCGCUAUGCCUGCAAGUCCUGUGCCUCCCAUGAUGUGUGUGAGUCCUGCUACGAUGCAUGGGCUGGUGGCCAAGGCGUCAUGCCCAAUAAGUUGGCCAAGCAAACGCUGAGCACGCACCCGGAGGAUCACUCCUUCAAGCUCUACAAGGAUCAGACCUUUAAGGCCGUGGUGAAGACAGGAGGCUACACCGCGAAGUCAGCACCAAAGUUGAAGCCCAAUGAUAAUUGUGACUGCGGCUCGGGAAAGAAGUACAAGAAGUGCUGUAUGAACAAGUGAUGCCUUGACACCGGACGCCUCGAGGGUCCACAGAGGUGAACUUUUUCGAAUUUCAUGUCCCAAAAACAGGAGCAGAGGUAGCACUUUAGAAGCUGAC